AUGAUGCCGAGGACAACCAAGGAUGGGGAGCCGUUCUCACCGACCAAAAUUCAUCCGCUCCUGUCUCCACAAAGGCCGCGGGAUAACAUCUCCGCCGUUAACGCCGCCGGUGCAUCACCAAUAAAUCUCGCACCCCCUGCACAGUCUCCGCCGCCUCCGCAGACAAGUGUUUACUUGCCGCAAGGCUUCAAAGAUAAUGCUUCUUCGGUAGCAACGACAGAACUAGUCGGUGCGCCAACUGCAUCCGACUCGAUACCAUCCUGUGCGACACCGGACGAGUCACUUCGGAACGAACACUCGGCUAUUAUCAGCAACUCGUCGUCGAUUGAGAACCUCACAGUCCUGCCUCAGCUGCCAUCCUUUGGUGAGCACCGCAUCCGGAAGCAUCGCAAGAACGCAGCUUCGUUCGAUUCUUCCAUACCCCGCCAGACGAUCCUGAAGGCUCUGCAAUCACGACCCCCCACGGCACAAUCAAUCGAUUCCAUGGUCAUGGAGGACAAGAAGAGCGCAGCAGAGGGCAAGACCCGGCGGUCAAAAAGCAUCACCCACAAAGCGCUUGCCGAUGCGCUUUCUGAGCUUAACCUAGAGUCGGGCGACCUUGCUGUCAGCAAGAUGGCUGCUCUCGCAUCGCCAUGCUACUUCCACAAGAAGUUUGACAAAGCCGUAAACCUCGAUAAAGUAUUAGAGGAAAUAGCCGACGACGACUCGAUAUCGCAUUCGAGACUCAUGCAGACUGCGUUCAGCGUGCGCGAGGUCUCCAAACAACUCCAGCGCCGACCAAUCAAGAUGACUGUGCGAAACGUCAUGAUCGUGACCAAAGCACGCGAUAACGCCUUGGUACAUCUGACUCGGGAGCUGGCGGAGUGGCUACUCACAACACCACGAUACGGGUCAGAUGUCGGCGUAAACGUCUAUGUGGAUUACAAGCUUCAGAGAUCGAAAAGAUUCGAUGCGCCCUCUCUGUUAGCCAAAGAUAAGCGUUUCGAGCAGUCCUUGCGCUAUUGGACCCCAGAUCUGUGCUGGGAGACGCCCGAGAAAUUUGACCUCGUCCUGACGCUCGGUGGUGAUGGCACAGUGCUGUUCACGUCAUGGUUGUUCCAGCGUAUUGUUCCGCCGAUCUUAUCUUUUUCGCUCGGCAGCCUCGGAUUCCUCACCAACUUCCAAUUUGAGCAGUAUAAAGGGGCACUAAACAAGAUCAUGGGCGAUGCUGGUAUGCGUGUGAAUCUGCGCAUGCGCUUCACGUGCACGGUUUACAGGUACCAAAAGAACGCAGCCCUUGGCUCACCUCAGCACAUUGAGGCCGAGCAGUUCGAAGUCCUCAACGAGCUUGUCAUUGAUCGCGGCCCAUCACCCUACGUGUCCAAUCUCGAGCUGUACGGCGAUGGCAACCUCCUCACAGUCGUACAGGCAGAUGGCUGCAUAUUCUCCACACCCACUGGUUCGACAGCGUACUCGCUUUCUGCCGGCGGCUCCCUUGUGCACCCCGAUAUUCCUGCGAUCCUCCUCACACCCAUCUGCCCGCACACUCUUUCCUUCCGCCCCAUGCUGCUUAACGACAGCAUGGCUCUUCGGAUUGCGGUACCCCUCAAGUCACGUGCAACUGCCUAUUGUGCUUUCGAUGGCAAGGGUCGCGUUGAGCUCCGCCAGGGCGACCACGUCACUAUCGCGGCGUCGCAGUACCCCUUCCCCACCGUCCUAUCGCAGCCCACUGAGUGGUUUGACAGCAUCAGCCGCACACUGCGCUGGAACAACCGCGGUGCUCAACAGAAGGCUUGGGACGGCGAUGAGGAUGAAGAAGAGGGGGAUGAGACUGAGGCUGCGUUCGACAUCGACAUCGAUAGUGAUGAUCUUGAUCGCGAUUCCGGCUACAGUGCAUCCUCGGCGGACGGCCGUGGGAGUCCGAUGAGGAAGGGCGUCAUACUGCCUUUCUUGUAA